UAAAAACCCAGCCCCCAAAUCCUUAAACCCUUCUCGCCACUCUCCGUAAGGUUUUCUGCAGUAAACAAACCAGACGAAAAAAAUGGAGAUGGCUCAAGAAUCAUAUGAAUUGGAUGUGGGUAAUCUUAUGGCUUCAUACCCACAUCACAGCUUUGCAUCUACACCUUCUUCCAGGGAGGCGUUGGUGAAGGAGUGUCUACAGGAGGGGACCAAGUUAGUGCAAGCUAUUGCAGAUGCUCUCUUCAACUUACCUUCAACAGAAAGCCCUGAUGGUCCUCUAGUCCAGUUGCCUCAACCAACUACGAGAUUGCCUAGAGAGAAGCCUCUUCCAAGGCCUAAACCUCCAACAAAAUGGGAAGUGUUUGCCAAGAAGAAAGGUAUACAAAAACGUAAGAAAGACAAGGUGGUGUUUGAUGACCAAACUGGUUCAUGGAAGCGCAGACAUGGCUACGAUCGUGUAAAUGAUGACAAAGAUGUGCCAAUCAUUGAUGCCAAGGCAACUGAUGAGCCUGGCCAAGAUCCUUUUGCUAAGAGACAAGAAGAAAAGAAGAAAAGAGUAGAAAAACAAGAGAAAAACCGAUAUAGUAACUUGAAGGAAGCAGCAAAAGCUGGUGCCUUGCCAAGUCACAUUCAGCUUGCUGCCACAGCACUGCCUAUAACAGGAUCACAAGCUGCAUCAAGGAAAAUUAGCAAGGAUGAACUCGGAAAUGUCGCUGGAAUGGCAGCAAAUGCAACAGCUAGUGGCGGAAAAUUUGACAAGAAGUUGCCUGGUGAAAAGCCCCCAAAACAUGACAAGAAGUAUCGAAAGUUCCUACCAGUUGCAGAAGGAUCAGGAAUGGGAUCCUUAGAGAGACAACAAACCGAAAAGGUCCUAAACAAAUUCAUGGCCAAGAACUCCCAUGAGAUACUCAAUGUGCAAAAGGCUGUAAACAUGUACAAUGUGAAAAAAGAUAAGAAAGGAAGAAGCCAAGGAGGGAAGUCAUCGUCAACCGAUAACAAAUUGAAGGCAAGGAAGUCACCUUACAAGAAAACAUCAACAAAAGGGCCUUCAAAUAAAGGAAAAUCUAAGUGAAUUUCAUAUUCCAAAUUGUAGUAGUAUACAUGGUAGUCAACCCCUCUUCAUUUAUGUUUUGUUUGUUUAAUUUUGUGUUGCAAUGGAACUGUGAAAGAGAUUCUUGAAAAAGGAGACAAAAUAGUAUUUUUCAUGUAUGGAGUAAAGUAAAAUACCCUUUAAUUGAUUU